ACUUGACUGGGAGUUCUCAGACCUCCAGUUUCAGCCCUGCCCUCAGCCUCCAAUCCGUAAGAGACACCCAGCCCCAGCAAUUGGAUUGGGCAGCCCGUCUUGACACACCACUGUGCUGAGUGCUUGAGGACGUGUUUCAACAGAUGGUUGGGGUUAGUGUGUGUCAUCACAUUCGAGUGGGGAUUAAGAGAAGGAAGGCUGCCUUGCUGGAGCUGUGUGGUCUUCUCCAAGUGAGAGUCGCAGGCAAUAGAACUACUUUGCUUUUGGAGGAAAAGGAGGAAUUCAUUUUCAGCAGACACAAGAAAAGCAGUUUUUUUUUUCAGGUGCUGACGGCCACCCACCAUCAUCUAAAGAAGAUAAACUUGGCAAAUGACAUGCGGGUUCUUCAAGGCAGAAUAAUUGCAGAAAAUCUUCAAAGGUGCUCCAGGUCACAGGCAUACACUUUUCAGCCGUCAUUGUUUGUUGGAAGAGGAUUUAUUAUUCGAGGAGAAUAUAAGUGCUACUACACCAGGAGGGGAUGAUUGUCUAUCUUCUUUGCUUGGAGUUGUAAUAAAUUAGACCAGAACACGGGCUUUCUGGAGAUUAACAGUCUGUGAACUUUGCCAGCUAAGAAGAAAGUAGCUUCUUCGUGGAUUCACAUAUAUUAUAAAGAAGAUAGCACAUCCUGAAGGCUUACUCUAAAGAAAAGAAGUAAUCUCUGGAAGACUCAAAAGCCAAAAUUAGUGGGAAAGGGCUAUGUUAACUGGUCCUAAGAAAUGACCCUAUCUGCAGAUGUUCUGAAUACUUCUGAGAAUAGAAAUUGAUUAUUCAACCAGGAUACCUAAUUCAAGAACUCCAGAAAUCAGGAGACGGAGACAUUUUGUCAGUUUUGCAACAUUGGACCAAAUACAAUGAAGUAUUCUUGCUGUGCUCUGGUUUUGGCUGUCCUGGGCACAGAAUUGCUGGGAAGCCUCUGUUCGACUGUCAGAUCCCCGAGGUUCAGAGGACGGAUACAGCAAGAACGAAAAAACAUUCGACCCAACAUUAUUCUUGUGCUUACCGAUGAUCAAGAUGUGGAGCUGGGGUCCCUGCAAGUCAUGAACAAAACGAGAAAGAUUAUGGAACAUGGUGGGGCCACCUUCAUCAAUGCCUUUGUGACAACACCCAUGUGCUGCCCGUCACGGUCCUCCAUGCUCACCGGGAAGUAUGUGCACAAUCACAAUGUCUACACCAACAACGAGAACUGCUCUUCACCCUCGUGGCAGGCCAUGCAUGAGCCUCGGACUUUUGCUGUGUAUCUUAACAACACUGGCUACAGAACAGCCUUUUUUGGAAAAUACCUCAAUGAAUAUAAUGGCAGCUACAUCCCCCCUGGGUGGCGAGAAUGGCUUGGAUUAAUCAAGAAUUCUCGCUUCUAUAAUUACACUGUUUGUCGCAAUGGCAUCAAAGAAAAGCAUGGAUUUGAUUAUGCAAAGGACUACUUCACAGACUUAAUCACUAACGAGAGCAUUAAUUACUUCAAAAUGUCUAAGAGAAUGUAUCCCCAUAGGCCCGUAAUGAUGGUGAUCAGCCACGCUGCGCCCCACGGCCCCGAGGACUCGGCCCCACAGUUUUCUAAACUGUACCCCAAUGCUUCCCAACACAUAACUCCUAGUUAUAACUAUGCACCAAAUAUGGAUAAACACUGGAUUAUGCAGUAUACAGGACCAAUGCUUCCCAUCCACAUGGAAUUUACAAACAUUCUACAGCGCAAAAGGCUCCAGACUUUGAUGUCAGUGGAUGAUUCUGUGGAGAGGCUGUAUAACAUGCUCGUGGAGACGGGGGAGCUGGAGAACACUUACAUCAUUUACACCGCCGACCAUGGUUACCACAUUGGACAGUUUGGACUGGUCAAGGGGAAAUCCAUGCCAUAUGACUUUGAUAUUCGUGUGCCUUUUUUUAUUCGUGGUCCAAGUGUAGAACCAGGAUCAAUAGUCCCACAGAUUGUUCUCAACAUUGACUUGGCCCCCACAAUCCUGGAUAUCGCUGGGCUCGACACACCUCCUGAUGUGGACGGCAAGUCUGUCCUCAAACUUCUGGACCCAGAAAAGCCAGGUAACAGGUUUCGAACAAACAAGAAGGCCAAAAUUUGGCGUGAUACAUUCCUAGUGGAAAGAGGCAAAUUUCUACGUAAGAAGGAAGAAUCCAGCAAGAAUAUCCAACAGUCAAAUCACUUGCCCAAGUACGAGCGGGUCAAAGAACUGUGCCAGCAGGCCAGGUACCAGACAGCCUGUGAACAACCAGGGCAGAAGUGGCAAUGCAUUGAGGAUACAUCUGGCAAGCUUCGAAUUCACAAGUGUAAAGGACCCAGUGACCUGCUCACAGUCCGGCAGAGCACGCGGAACCUCUACGCUCGCGGCUUCCAUGACAGAGACAAAGAGUGCAGUUGUAGGGAGUCCGGUUACCGUGCCAGCAGAAGCCAAAGAAAGAGUCAACGGCAAUUCUUGAGAAACCAGGGGACUCCAAAGUACAAGCCCAGAUUUGUCCACACUCGGCAGACACGUUCUUUGUCCGUCGAAUUUGAAGGCGAAAUAUAUGACAUAAAUCUGGAAGAAGAAGAAUUACAGGUGUUGCAACCAAGAAACAUUGCUAAGCGUCAUGAUGAAGGCCACAAGGGGCCAAGAGAUCUCCAGGCUUCCAAUGGUGGCAACAGGGGCGGGACGCUGGCAGAUAGCAGCAACGCCGUGGGCCCACCUACCACUGUCCGAGUGACACACAAGUGUUUUAUUCUUCCCAAUGACACGAUCCAUUGUGAGAGAGAACUGUACCACUCGGCCAGAGCGUGGAAGGACCAUAAGGCAUACAUUGACAAAGAGAUUGAAGCUCUGCAAGAUAAAAUUAAGAAUUUAAGAGAAGUGAGAGGACAUCUGAAGAGAAGGAAGCCUGAGGAAUGCAGCUGCAGUAAACAAAGCUAUUACAAUAAAGAGAAAGGUGUAAAAAAGCAAGAGAAAAUAAAGAGCCAUCUUCACCCAUUCAAGGAGGCUGCUCAGGAAGUCGAUAGCAAACUGCAACUUUUCAAGGAGAACCGUAGGAGGAAGAAGGAGAGGAAGGAGAAGAGACGGCAGAGGAAGGGGGAAGAGUGCAGCCUGCCUGGCCUUACUUGCUUCACGCACGACAACAACCACUGGCAGACAGCCCCGUUCUGGAACCUGGGAUCUUUCUGUGCUUGCACGAGUUCUAACAAUAACACCUACUGGUGUUUGCGUACAGUUAAUGAGACGCAUAAUUUUCUUUUCUGUGAGUUUGCUACUGGCUUUUUGGAGUAUUUUGAUAUGAAUACAGAUCCUUAUCAGCUCACAAAUACAGUGCACACGGUAGAACGAGGCGUUUUGAAUCAGCUACACGUACAAUUAAUGGAGCUCAGAAGCUGUCAAGGAUAUAAGCAGUGCAACCCAAGACCUAAGAAUCUCGAUAUUGAGGACAGUUAUGGGAUGGAUGGGAAGGUUAAUCAGCCCCGUCUCACUGCAGACAUCAACUGGCAAGGCCUAGAAGAGCUACACAGUGUGAAUGAAAACAUCUAUGAGUACAGACAAAACUACAGACUUAGUCUGGUGGACUGGACUAAUUACUUGAAGGAUGUAGAUAGAGUAUUUGCACUGCUGAAGAGUCACUAUGAGCAAAAUAAAACAAAUAAGACUCAAACUGCUCAAAGUGAUGGGUUCCUGGGUGUCUCUGCCGAGCACUCUGUGUCAGUGGAGACGGCCUCUGCUGACUCAGAUGAAGACCCAAGGCAUACGGUUGGGAAAACACCUCAUUUGACCUUGCCAGCCGACCUUCGAACCCUGCAUUUGAACCGACCAACAUUAAGUCCAGAGAGUAAACCUGAAUGGAACAACGACAUUCCAGAAGUUAAUCGUUUGAAUUCUGAACACUGGAGAAAAACUGAAAAAUGGAUGGGACAUGAAGGGACCAAUCAUCUGGAAACCGAUUUCAGUGGCGAUGGCAUGACAGAGCUAGAGCUGAGGCCCAGCCCCAGGCUGCAGCCCAUUCGCAGGCACCCGAAAGAACUUCCCCAGGAUGGUGGUCCUGGAGAGGACGUUUUUGAAGAUCAGCUGUAUCUUCCCGUGCAUUCCGAUGGAAUUUCAGUUCAUCAGAUGUUCACCAUGGUCACUGCAGAACACCCAAGUAAUUCCAGCACAAUGGGGAAGAUGUUGACCAAGGUGGAGAAGAAUCACGAAAAGAAGAAGUCACAGCACCUAGAAGGCAGUGUCUCCUCUUCACUCUCCUCUGAUUAGAUGAAAUUGUUACCUUACCCUAAACACAGUAUUUCUUUUUAACUUUUUUAUUUGUAAACUAAUAAAGGUAAUCCUAGCCACCAACAUUCCAAGCUACCUUGAGUACCUUUGUGCAGUAGAAGCUGGUGAGCAUGUGAGCGAGCAAUGUGCACACGGAGACUCAUCGUUAUCAUUUACUAUCUGCCAAGAGUAGAAAGAAAGGCUGGGGAUAUUUCGGUUGGUUUGGUUUUGAUUUCUUACUUGUUUGUUUGUUUUAUACUGAAACAGUAUUAUCUUUUGAAUAUCGUAGGGACAUAAGUAUAUACAUGUUAUCCAGUCAAGAUGGCUAGAAUGGUGCCUUUCUGAGUGUCUAAAACUUGACACCCCCUGGUAAAUCUUUCAACACACUUCCACUGCCUGCGUAAUGAAGUUUUGAUUCAUUUUUAACCACUGGAAUUUUUCAAUGCCGUCAUUUUCAGUUCGAUGAUUUUGCACUUUGAGAUUAAAAUGCCAUGUCUAUUUGAUUAGUCUUAUUUUUUAUUUGUACAGGCUUCUCAGUCUCACUGUUGGCUGUCAUUGUGACAAAGUCAAAUAAACCCCCAAGGAUGACACACAGUAUGGAUCACAUAUUGUUUGACAUUAAACUUUUGCCAGAAAAUGUUGCAUGUGUUUUACCUCGACUUGCUAAAAUCGAUUAGCAGAAAGGCAUGGCUAAUAAUGUUGGUGGUGAAAAUAAAUAAAUAAGUAAACAAAAUGAAGAUUGCCUGCUCUCUCUGUGCCUAGCCUCAAAGCGUUCAUCAUACAUCAUACCUUUAAGAUUGCUAUAUUUUGGGUUAUUUUCUUGACAGGAGAAAAAGAUCUAAAGACCUUUUAUUUUCAUCUUUAUUUGGUUUUCUUGGCAUGGUUAAGAAGCUUAAAUGUUGACAAAAUAUGGUUAGUUUUGAAUUUACACCAGGAACUUCUCAAUAAAAAGCAUGAAUGUGCUACAAUUUCAACAUACCACAAGGGAAGUUAAUUUCUUAACCUUGUGUUCUAUGAUUAUUUGUAAGGCCUUCACCAAGUUCUGAUAUCGUUUAAAGACAUAGUUCAAAAUUGCUUUCGAAAAUCUGUAUUCUUGAAAAUAUUCUUGUUGUGUAUUAGAUUUUUAAAUACCAGCUAAAGGAUUACCUCACUGAGUCAUCAGUAUCCUCCUAUUCCUAUUCACCUUCCCAAGAAGAUGUGUUUUUGCUUACCCUAAGAGAGGUUUUCUUCUUAUUUUUAGAUAAUUCAAGUGCUUAGAUAAAUUUUGUUUUCUUUAAGUGUUUAUGGUAAACUCUUUGAAAGAAAAUUUAAUAUGUUAUAGCUGAAUCUUUUUGGUGACUUUAAAUCUUUAUCAUAGACUCUGUACAUAUGUUCAAAUUAGCUGCUUACCUGAUGUGUGUAUCAUCGGUGGGAUGACAGAACAAACAUAUUUAUGAUCAUGAAUGAUGUGCUUUGUAAAAAGAUUUCAAGUUGUUAGGAAGCAUACUGUGUUUUUUAAUCAUGUAUAAUAUUCUGUGAUACUUUUAUAGAACAAUUCUGGCUUCAGGAAAGUCUAGAAGCAAUAUUUCUUCAAAUAAAAGGUGUUUAAACUUU